AUGGACAUGUCAGGAAUGGGUAUGAGUAUGAGCGGGAUGGGGAUGGGGACGGGUAUGUUCCAGGCCGACAACAUGGGCCUUGCGCAGGCGUACUGGUAUCUGAUUGUUGGUGUUUUGGGCCUCUGUGUUGCUGUGCGUGUUGGCAGUUUCCUGCAAAGACGAACAAGAUUGCAAAGGUGUUCUUCAUCUUCGGUCCAGUUCCCCACGAAACCAUCAGGCCCAUUGUCCCGCGCCUGGGCAACCGCAACGGCGAUCGGUCGUGAGGCCAGCUAUCCCCAAUUCUAUGUUCCCACUCGAUACAUGUCAUGGAUGACGCCGCCGCCAAUGGGUCGGAUACUGGUACUACUGGUGUACUGGGCCGUGGUUAUCUAUAUGGCAACAGCUGGGGCCAUCGUCAAAGACGCCUAUUUCUGGGAGCGCAUCGGCUUCCGCAACGCUUGGGUCACUGUGACGCAAAUUCCGUUCCUCUACCUUCUGGCUUCCAAAAGCAGCAUCCUUGGUGUCAUCGCUGGAAGCAGCUACGAGAGGCUCAACUGGCUGCACCGAUGGGUCGCCCGCACGAUGUUUGCCACGGCCACCAUACACGGCUUUCACUUUUGGACCGAAUAUCAACAGGCGGGUCUCACAUCCUACAUGCUCCAGAUGAUGCCUAUGAUUAAAUACGGAUUUGCGGCUUGGGGUCUGCUGCUGUGGGCAAAUGUCUCAGGCAUGUCACCGCUUCGCCAUUGGAACUACGAAUUGUUCAUUGCGCAGCACAUGUUGACGUGGAUCAUUUUCCUAUACGUCAUUUAUGUCCAUGUGCCGGCCUAUGCGCAAUACAAUGUGUGGUUCGCUAUCGCUGCUCUGUGCUUCGACCGCUUCUACCGUAGUGUCUUGCUCGUGUGGCAGAAUGUCAAGCUCCGGCCGAACCGAUCCCAGUGCAAGGGCGGACAGAGGGUCGGUCAUCAGGCGCAGAUUUCCGCGGUGGGAGAAGAUAUCACAGUUGUCACUGUCAAGGACGUCCAUUUCUCGUGGCGGGCUGGCCAGCACCUGUACCUCUGGAUGCCGAAAAUUGGCAUGUCCGACCACCACCCAUACACUAUUGCUUCUGCACAUCCACUGCCUGGCACAUGUAUCUGCAACAGUGUCCAGCUGGUCGUGCGGAAGCACAAGGGUUUCUCCCGGAGACUGCACAAUCAUGCGAUGAAGAUGCAUGCUUCAGGUAAGAAGGAAGACCUGACAGCAUUUGUGACGGGUCCAUAUGGUCUGCCGCCUCGUUGGGACAUAUUCGAGACACUGGUCCUCAUCUCAGCAUCAACCGGUGCAAGCUUCACUCUUCCCAUUCUGGAGAGCGUGCUGCUUUCCAAGGAAAGGUCGCUCUGCACACGCCGCAUAGACUUCCUCCUUGCAGCCAAGAAGGGCGAUGAGAUCGACUAUUACAUCCAACGUCUACACGAGAUGAUCGAAAAGGCAGCGGACAUGGGAAUCGAGCUGAGAGUGCACAUCCACGUCACCCAAGGGCCACCGGUCCCAACCUUGACAAAGAGGACAGACACCGGCGACACCAGGGAGGGUGUGACGUCGUCGUCAUCAAUAGCACCAUCGCCUUCGAAUCGGGGGAGCGUCAACAAGUCGGAAGUGGGAACCGUGGACAUCGAGAAACACGCUGCCCAGGUCGGCAGGCGCGGCAGCUCGGCGAGCACCGACUCCCACGUGCACCAGUCGUCCUCGCGGCCGAACAUUGAGGAUUUCAUAAGAGACCCGGUUGAGGCCACGGGGGGAGAAACAUCAGUGGUCGUAUGUGGGGGCAAGUCACUGGUGGCGAGGGCGAGGAAUUGUGUUGCGAGCCUGAGUGAUGAGCGUGCUGUGCAUAAGGGCACUGGGGCGCAGGGUAUCCAUCUUCAUGUUGAAGAGUAUUGCUUCUGA